AUGAUAAGAGAAAAACACUGCAGCACCUACAACUUCAGCACCUACCACUGCAGCACCUACAACUGCAGCACCUGCCACUGCAGCACCCACAGCUGGAGCACCUACCACUGUAGCCCCAACAACUGCACCACCUACCACUGCAGCACCUACCACUGCAGCACCCACAGCUGGAGCACGUACCACUGCAGCACCAACAACUGCAGCCCCAACAACUGCAUCACCUACCAAAGCAGCAGCUACCACUGCAGCACCUACCAAUGUAGCACUCACAACUGCAGCACCUACCACAUCAGCAGCUACCACUGCAGCACCUACAACUUCAGCACCUACCACUGCAUCACCCACAACUGGAGCACCUACCACUGCAGCACCAACAACUGCAUCACCCACCACUGUAGCUCCCACAACUGCAGCACCUACCACUGCAGCACCCACAGCUGGAGCACCUACCACUGCAGCACCAACAACUGCAGCCCCAACAACUGCAUCACCUACCAAAGCAGCAGCUACCACUGCAGCACCUACCAAUGUAGCACUCACAACUGCAGCACCUACCACAUCAGCAGCUACCACUGCAGCACCUACAACUUCAGCACCUACCACUGCAUCACCCACAACUGGAGCACCUACCACUGCAGCACCAACAACUGCAUCACCCACCACUGUAGCUCCCACAACUGCAGCACCUACCACUGCAGCACCCACAGCUGGAGCACCUACCACUGCAGCACCAACAACUGCAGCCCCAACAACUGCAUCACCUACCACAGCAGCAGCUACCACUGCAUCACCUACCACCGCAGCACCUACCACUGCAGCACCUACCACUGCAGCACCUACCACUGCAGCACCCACAGCUGGAGCACGUACCACUGCAGCACCAACAACUGCAGCCCCAACAACUGCAUCACCUACCAAAGCAGCAGCUACCACUGCAGCACCUACCAAUGUAGCACUCACAACUGCAGCACCUACCACAUCAGCAGCUACCACUGCAGCACCUACAACUUCAGCACCUACCACUGCAUCACCCACAACUGGAGCACCUACCACUGCAGCACCAACAACUGCAUCACCCACCACUGUAGCUCCCACAACUGCAGCACCUACCACUGCAGCACCCACAGCUGGAGCACCUACCACUGCAGCACCAACAACUGCAGCCCCAACAACUGCAUCACCUACCACAGCAGCAGCUACCACUGCAUCACCUACCACCGCAGCACCUACCACUGCAGCCUCCCACAACUGCAGCACCUACCACGGCAGCAGCUACCACCGCAGCACCUCCCACUGCAGCGCCCACAACUGCAGCACCUAACACUGCAGCAGCUACCACUGGAGCACCCACCACUCACCAACAACUGCAGCCCCAACAACUGCAUCACCUACCACAGCAGCAGCUACCACUGCAUCACCUACCACCGCAGCACCUACCACUGCAGCACCUACCACUGCAGCACCUACCACUGCAGCACCCACAGCUGGAGCACGUACCACUGCAGCACCAACAACUGCAGCCCCAACAACUGCAUCACCUACCAAAGCAGCAGCUACCACUGCAGCACCUACCAAUGUAGCACUCACAACUGCAGCACCUACCACAUCAGCAGCUACCACUGCAGCACCUACAACUUUAGCACCUACCACUGCAUCACCCACAACUGGAGCACCUACCACUGCAGCACCAACAACUGCAUCACCCACCACUGUAGCUCCCACAACUGCAGCACCUACCACUGCAGCACCCACAGCUGGAGCACCUACCACUGCAGCACCAACAACUGCAGCCCCAACAACUGCAUCACCUACCACAGCAGCAGCUACCACUGCAUCACCUACCACCGCAGCACCUACCACUGCAGCGCCUAA